AUGAUACAUAAAUUAUUGAAAGAAAAAUUAGAAAUUCAAAACGCGACUCAUACCAUCAAGAUCGAUCGAUCGCAUACACUUGGCGAGCAACACCACAAUCAACGCGGUAAGCCGAGACCUAUUGUCGCGAAAUUCGAUUUUUUUCAAAACCGUGAAAUGAUAAGAAAAAACGCGAAGAAAUUGAGAGGAACCAAAAUUGGAAUCUCUGAACAAUUUCCUCAAGAGAUUGAAGAAACCAGAAGAAAACUAUAUCCAGAAAUGAGGAAAGCAAAAUUAGCUAAGAAGAGAGUACGCCUGGUGCACGACAGGCUAUUUAUCCAUGGUGUUCAAUUCAAGCAAAAUUAG